CGCUUCCGGAAGUAGUUCUGCGAGCGGUACCGGAAGUAGUUCUCCGAGCGGUGCCGGGAACGUUGCUGCCGGUGCGAGGUGAAGCGCGGGAGCCGCCGCCAUGACGUCGGCACUGGAAAACUACAUCAACCGUACUGUUGCAGUGAUAACUUCUGAUGGAAGAAUGAUUGUGGGAACCCUCAAAGGUUUCGAUCAGACCAUUAACUUGAUUUUGGACGAAAGCCAUGAAAGAGUGUUCAGUUCUUCACAAGGAGUUGAGCAAGUAGUGCUGGGAUUAUACAUUGUAAGAGGUGAUAAUGUCGCUGUCAUCGGUGAGAUCGAUGAAGAGACAGAUUCAGCCCUUGACUUAGGAAAUAUUCGAGCAGAACCCUUAAAUUCAGUUGUGCAUUGAAAAGAAGAGAAUGCACAGGGACUUUGUAAAUCUUUGGUUGUACAGACCUAUUUAACAAUGUUCAGCAGUUUUUACAAAUUGUGCGUAACUUGUUUAAUCACCAGGUUUUUUUUAUUAUGAAUAUGUUGUAGUUUCACAUGUAAAUUAAAGUUUCUACAUUUUACUAAGUA